AUGGUGAAGAAAGCGAUAUUGAUAGGGAUCAAUUAUCCUGGAACCGAAGGAGAGCUAUUAGGCUGCAUCGAUGACGUCAAACAGAUGCACAAAUCACUGGUAGAAUUGUUCGGCUUCUCGGAGGAGAACAUCACUGAGCUGAUUGAUACCGACAAGUCUAAAAUCCAACCAACCGGCAAGAACAUUCGUCAAGCUUUGUCGGGUCUUGUUGGAUCAGCUAAAUCCGGUGAUGUUCUCUGUGUUCAUUACAGUGGACACGGGACGAGGUUGCCACCGGAGACCGGAGAAGACGAUGAUACUGAGUUUGAUGAGUGUAUUGUUCCCUCUGAUAACAAUUACAUCACUGAUGAUGAGAUUAUAGAAAUUGUGAGUAAGGUUCCCAAAGAUUGUUCUUUUACAUUCGUCUCUGACUCUUGUCAUAGUGGUGGUCUCAUUGAUUCAGCUAAGGAACAGAUCGGAGAGAGUUUUAAAAAGAAGCCUAAGAAGGAAUUUAAAUUUCCUUUUGGACUUACUUCAAUCAAUAUGUUGAAACGAGGUACAGGGAGAGAUGAUAUCGAAGUUGGGAAUAUCAGGACGACGAUUUUCGAUGUGUUUGGUGAAGAUGCAACUCCAAAGGUGAAGAAGUUCAUGAAGACAGAAGUCAUGAGCAAGAAGGAGGUUUAUGCAGGGGCAAGUAAUGGUGGACUUGAGAACGAAUGUGUUCUACUUAGUGGAUGCCAAACUGAUCAAACUUCUGCAGACGUAGGAUCCAAAGGACAAGCAUAUGGAGCAUUCACCAAUUCCAUACAGAUCAUACUUGGUGAGACAAAAGGUAAGAUCAAUUACAAAGAAUUGGUUUUGAAGUCCAGGAAGCUUCUUGAGAAACAAGGAUAUUCUCAACGACCGGGGUUGUAUUGUAGCGAUAGUUACGUGAAUGUUCCAUUUAUAUGUUGA